AUGAAGCUCACCUACAUUCUUCUCGGGCUUCUGGCGUCGGUCGUCACGACUAGUACAGCGGCGAACGCUUGCGGCGAGGCUCCCGUGCUGACAACGCCAACGCCAACGACCCUGACACCAACGAGCCCCGAGCCGACGACACCGGCACCCACAAGCCCCGAGCCGACGACGCCAACGCCCACGAGCCCCGAGCCGACGACACCGGCACCCACAAGCCCCGAGCCGACGACGCCAACGCCGCCGACCCCCACACCGACGCCAUUCUCACUCUGCAAGAAUCUGACUGAAGGUAUGGUUGUCUACCUGAUUGCCGACAACGGCAAAGGGCUUGGAUAUUGCAAUGGCUGCUCUGUCGCCGGCUACAAAAUCCCGGCCCGCACCGGCAAGUGGGCACAAAACGUCAAUGUACGCCGCGUCCCAAGUGGCGAGAUCGCCCUGUACAACCAGAACCAAAAGCUGUACUGGAGCCGCUGUGUCGACUGCGAUGCGAAAAACAAGCCCAACCAAGUCGUCUUGCGCCACAAGACUUGGCAAGAGUCGACCGCGACGCGCUGGACGUGCGAAGACGUCAGCGAUACGCACAUCCGAUUCAAGGACAUUGAAGGCAACGUGGCCUGGAACGCGACGGCACCCGCGCCCCAGUUGUGGACCGUGACCACGUGGUGA